UGUAGCAGGAUACUGAUCCCUGUACCAGUCACCCCUAUAAGAGGCAGAUAUCUGAAGGUAGGUCGCAUGCCAUCGCAUACGGGCCAUACCAACUACAUAGACGAAGGUUUCAUAGAUUUUCGGCUAUUUACAACAGGUUAUCCCGUCGGCGAUUCCUUUGGCGUAGACUGAUCAACUUCCGAGAGACACUGACAAGUGUGGAUCCAAUGUUGCACUGCCCUAGAUAGCGACCGGCCAAUCCAUGACAAGCAUGUCUGUUAUCUACGUAGCUCGCCCUGGAGUUCGAUACACACACACGUUUGGGUCGGCACAACGGCUACAUUUCAAAGCCCUGUCAGCUGUCAUUGGAGUCAUGGGUGUCCAGGUCAAAGGUCGUUGGCCUUCGCACGAGUAUAAAGUCCAAGGUGACUUGUCUGGGAGUGGAGCACAGACAGCCUCUUUUCCUUCCGACUAUGUCUUCCUCUAAGAUCCCUAUCUUUAUUCUUGGUGCAACAGGCUACAUCGGGGGAUCUGUAUUGACUCGCCUUCUUGCCCAUCCCAACUCUCAAACCUUCGACAUAACUGCGCUCGUACGUUCGGCCGAGAAGGCGCAACGUCUGCAGGCCUUUGGCAUCAAUGCCGUGACAGGGUCUACUGAUGAAAAGGAGAAGCUAGAGGCCCUCGUAUUGCAAGCUCACGUUGUGCUUUCUAUGGCCAGCGCAGAUAACUUUCCCGCAAUCCAAACUGUCCUGAGCGGUAUGAAGAAACGACACGACGCUCUUGGCGACGUUCCUAUCUUAAUUCAUACCUCGGGAACUGGCAUUCUCCAUGAUGACGCCAGAGGCGCAUAUGCCAGCGAGACUAUCUACGAUGACAUGAAACCGGAGCAGAUUGAGGCAUUGCCUGCUACCCAGCUUCAUCACAAUCUUGAUCUCGCAAUUGAAGAAGCGGAUAAAGCAGGCUAUCUGCGGUCAUAUAUCGUUUUUCCUGGCACCAUCUAUGGUGUCGCCUCUGGUCCAUUUGUCGAGGCCGGUAUUCAACACCCGUUCUCAGUUCAGAUUCCCGGUCUUACUCUUGCUGCUCUCGAUCGCGGCCAGCCAGGCAUGGUAGGCAAGGGAUUAGCAAUAUGGCCCCAUAUAUCUCUGGAUGACGUUGUAGACCUAUAUAUCCUCUUGUUCGAUGCCGUUCUAACGAACCCCGAGAAUGUCGGGCAUGGCCGAGAGGGAUAUUUCUUCGUAGAGAACGGAGAAUUUAGGUGGUACGACCUGUCUAAAGCUAUUGGGGAAGCUCUCGUAGAAGCCGGGUUGGCGAAAAGCUCGGAGCCUACGUCCUUCAGCGACGAAGAGCUCAUCAAGUAUGCUGGAUCGAUGGAAAUGGGCAACGGCAUGGGUACUAAUGCUCGAUGUCGCGCAAAUCGUGCUAGGGCGCUUGGUUGGAAGCCAACCAAGAGAACAGAGGAUUUAUUUGACAGUAUCAAGCCAGGAGUUGAAGCCUUGAUGAAAGCGAUGCAAGUGAAAUAGUAGAGCUUCAUUCACUCACUCACUUGCCGGUGGACGGAAGUUCAAGAAAACAUCCAUAUAAACAUUCCCAGUGAUGAUAGUACCUAGAGCAUCGGAUCUACCUAUUCUAUGUAUGUUCAAAAAGGGGCAAAGCCUUGGAGCGGUUUCCGGGACUAAACGAGAAAUAUGCAAGCC